AUGAGUUAUUCAAACUCCGACUACAGCAACUCCCAGGGAGGCUAUGGCCAGUAUAACCCCUACGGUCAACAACAGAACAAUGCCCACGCCGGCCAACAGCAGGGUUAUGGCCAAUCUCCCUACCAGCAAGCCAACAACAUGGAGCAGGGCAAUGGUAACUAUGAGAUGUCCUCGAUGGGUGAAGGGCAGCCGUCCGGCCCGACCGCGAUGCUGAACAAGUGCAAGGAGAUCAAUGACGGUAUCGCCGACCUGCGGGCCAAGAGGGAGGGCCAGCUCGCAGCCGCACAGAACGCUCUGCUCGAUUCCAGCACCGGAAAGGAGGACCAAGCCUCUCGCCAAACCCUGGACUACAUCGAAGACGAAAUAAACAACGGCUUCCGCUACCUUCGCGACCUCCUGAAGAAGAUCAAGCAGACCCCGGGAUCCGGAGACACCCGUGUCCAGACCCAAAUCGAUGUGACCAGCCGGAACUUGCGUCGCGAGAUCGAGCAGUACCAGAGGGCCCAGUCGGAUUUCCAGAAGCGGCUGCGGGAGCAAGUGCGCCGAAGAUACGAGAUCGCAAACCCCGGCCUUUCUCCCGAAGAGGUGGAGCAGGGGGUUGAAAAUGUCCUCGUGGGCCAGGAGCAGAGUUUCCAGGUGACCGGCAGCAGAACCCGUCAGGCCAAUGAUGCCCGCCAGGCUGCUUUAGAGCGAUCUGCCGCUAUUCGCAAGAUCGAGCAAGAUAUGAUUGAACUCGGUCGUCUGUACCAGGAGGUUGCCGAGCUGGUUCACCAGCAGGAGCCCGCUGUGGAGCAGAUCAACCGGGGCGCCGAAGAUGUGGUCGACAAUGUGCAAAACGCCAAUACCCAGAUCGAUUCAGCUAUCAAGAGCGCUCGCAACGCAAGGAAGUGGAAGUGGUACGCGCUGCUGAUCAUCAUUCUGAUCAUUGCCAUUGUUGUCGGUGUUGCUGUCGGUGUCACCCAGGCCAACAAGUCCACGAAAUAA